AUGCAUGAAGUGACGAAUCACGAAAAUGGUGCAGAUGACCGACUUAUUUGGAAUUCCCCUUAUGGCCCCUCUCAGGAGUCGGACAAGUGGGCCGAAUCCACCCACCAAAAAUCCCUUCUGGCGCUUGAAUCGAACCUUCGGGCCCUCUCUGCUGCUAACAAGGUCAUCCGGGUGGAGUUCGGAGGCGAUUUGUUGCCUGUAAGUGUGCCUGAGAUCCUGGAGGACCCGGGUCGCCUGAACAUCGUCGCGGUGAUCAUGGUGGCAGAGUCGGCGACCGCGGCUAUCGGAAUGGAAACAAAGCUACUCAGGAUCUCUCCCAGUUAUACAAGCAUACCCUACUACUGUGCGGGGCCAACAACAACUCUCAGAGCGAACAGGAAUCGCGUGGAGCGUGAGACGCGAUGUGCAGGAUGUUACGACCUCCGGAGCAAGAUUAACUCUCGUGCUUCCCAGAGUCAACGCGAGCACUGCCUCUUCGCAGGAAUUAACACGGAAGCUGCUGGAGCAUUGUGGCCUGGGACCUGUUUAGUUGUUGCUCAGGUCAAUGGACUGCGUGAUCGUCGAGAUCUGAAGAUGACUUUUCCAAGCGGAUAA